CGUUUUUAGUUCGGUUGAGUCGCUUGUCAUUGUCGGUCGCACAUUCCCAGAGGCUCGCUAGCUACGAAAUUUGUUUAAAUCAACUGAAAUUACCUCCUUUCUGUCCCAACUACAAAUCAUUUUUCGAUAAUUUGAUAACAAAAAAGAAAAGAGAAAAAAUUUUGGCUCUCGUGUUCUUGACAAACGUGGUCUUUUUUUCGGUCCGUGUUUGUGUGUUGCGCGAUCUUAAACCGAUUGUAUUGUGUUUAAAACAGCUGUCGGCAAAGCAAGCACAUCUCAGCCCAAACCGAUCGGCGUGCCGUUUUGUAAGCUAGUGGCAACUAUUGGGUACUUGGUGCACUGCUGAUAAUACUGACCGCCAGCUGUCUGCCGAGCUCGAUCGCGUCGCCCCGUCGCAUGGUUGGUCGACACUUGAUACUGCCGCAUCGUCAUCACGUGCAUCUGCGCUCCGCGGAACAGGAACACCAUCUGCCACCAAAGGAAUCUGUGAACUGCACGGUGAAAAUGAAUGUGACCGAGGCAACAACCGCGCAUGCCAUAAAUGUCAGCGAGACGACACGUGAUGCCACCAUUGCGCUGCUGAAGAACUGGCUGAAGUUGAAAGGCUUCAACUCGACGGAAGAAGCCCAGCGGCAAUAUAUACUGCAUGAUCUCGAUCUGGAGUAUCCGCUCAAGGAAGCUGCCAACAAUAGUGAGUACGACGGCGAGGACAGCGGGUCAGCGGAAGAAGAGCUCUUCAAAAUACUCGACUCGCUAACCAAAUUGAGUCAGUUGAUGAACCACAACAAUAAAUCCUUGCUCAAGGAUUGGUACGAAUGCUACUUUAAACACUUUGAGGACAAGCUGGAACACAACAUGUUCGUGGCCGCGCACAUGAUGGGCAGGGAAAAUUGCACCAUGGAGACCACGAAUAAGGUGCCCGAUCACAAUGAAAAGCAUCCGCUGCUGGAGUUUGCCAUUGUCCACGAGAUGACCCGGCUGCUGAAUGUGCUGGAGAAAAAGUAUAGGGUCAUGCACCGACGUGUGACGGAGGCUGCGAAUGCCUAAAACUCUGUUACAGACGAAGCCCUAAAAACGUACAAGAAAAUGCCAAAAAAGAAGAAGAAGGAGGAGAAAACUAAUCUAAACUAAGCAGCAAAUCGAAUUCUAACGUAAUUUCUGUGCCUUACAUUAUUAUUAUUAUUUUUUAAUCCUGCAUGCCAUCUACGUUUACUAAUAGCUUGUAUUAGUUAAUUAUGAACCCUCUCACCGCUUACGUUGAUUAUUUAUUUAUUAAUAUAUAUAUUUUAUGCG